AUUUUAAAUAGGAGGGCCCUGAGAAAAUUACAGUAUUUGGUCAUUUGGUAUUUGGUUUCCGCACCACAGCUGAAAUUGAAGCGUAUAAUAACCAGCUUGGUGAGAAGAUAGCAAAAACAGUGGGUUCUUUAGGUUUCUUGUUGCGAUAGGGCAACAGGAAUACAUUAAAUCGAAUGAGAUGGAGCUUUACAUCCAAAGCGGUGGUUCAACUGCAUAUAAACAAAAAAAAUUUUAUAUGAACCGAAACAAACGAAUAGCUGAAGCUUCUGAACUAUUAUCAACUGACACAUUGACACCAAUUGACUUUAUAAACAGAAUUUUGUAUGACGAUGAGUAUCUGUCCGAAGGUCUAACAAAAUUUGUUGAUGGCGCAGUUACAGGGGAUGACGAAUCGGAGUUAAUAAGGGAAAUUGAAUCUGAAGUGUCGGAACUCCUAGAUGAUGAUACCGCUUCUAAUGGAAUUUUUGAACGUACUCUGGAAUAAAUUGGAUUAAUUUUAACAGCGUGUUUUAUUGAGAGUGGUUGCCUAAAAUUACGGUUCCUCCGUAACAUCCUCAAAAAUUCUUUACUUCGCUAUCGUCGAGGGAACUGAAGGACGUACAAUGGUGAAUGAUAAAGAGACUCAAAGCUCCUCUAAAAUGCGGCGCAGCUGCCUCAUGUGCAAUGAUGAAACGACGAUAGAAUGAUUAAGUGCUCCGUAUGCAUUUCAUUCCAACAUUGCGUCGACGUACCCACAGAAACCGAUCAACGCAUAUGGCGCUGCCAGGAUUGCUAUGAGCUUGCUGAAAGUGGUAUGGACGUAUCGCAAUUCGCUCCCAGAACUGCAAGCGAAUCACCGCAUGUAGCGAUUACUACGAAUCAUGCAUGUAAUGGGCCCGCUGAAAAUGCCAGUCAGCCCAUAGUAACUCAUAACCUCAAAAACGCAACACAUGUGGUCGCCACCACACUAGGCGAUAUUCAAUCGGCAGUGGCGCACGAGCAUGGUGGCGCGAC